AUGGAGAAAAGGGAAAAUACUGGAUCGAUCUUUUUGUCUUAUUUAUCACCUCAAGCGAAAAUAACCACAUCCUCCUCCAUCGAUGUACCCACCACCACAACCUCAUCACAAUGGACAUCUCUAUCAUUUACAAACACUCACUUAAAUAUUAGUUACAAGUUCCAUCACAUCAUCCAAACCAAAGCAAACCUUCCUUCUUCUCCAAUGGCUUCUACCGUCUCUUUCUUUCUUCCAACCAUUAUGAAUCUGAUAGCAUUCAUCUUCUUCUUAUUCGUCUAUGUUGAAUCAACUGAUCAUCAGAAGAUUAAUACCAAAGAUGGAGUUGUAAUCAAUGUUACAAAACACUUCUUUUUCCCUGAUUUCAAUUCCCCAAGAACAGUUCAUGAUCUCAUGCUGCUGGGGAGCUCCGUCGUGGACAAAAACGGUCGGAUUCAGAUACCGGACACCACCCAGAAAGACGGCGUCGAUGAUCUGAAGCACUUGGUUGGUCGUGCUGUUUAUGCUUAUCCUGUUCGUGUUUUCGAUCCCAUAACGCGAACCCCAGCUUCCUUCCAAACAACUUUCUCGUUUCAGAUCGAAACUAUACCAACAAACUUAUCUUCUGGUGGCGGAGAUGGCGGUAGUAGUGGCGGUGGUGACGGUGGAAGCGGUUUUACAUUCAUGAUAACACCUGAUGAGUUCACGGUGGGACGACCUGGGCCAUGGCUAGGCAUGCUAAAUGAUGCUUGUGAUGAACAAUAUAAAGCUGUUGGGAUCGAAUUUGACACCAUAGAAAACGUGCAAUUCGAUGACCCUAACGACAACCAUCUGGGAAUCAAUUUGGGUUCCAUUGUUUCGACAAUCACCAUUAAUGUAUCGGAGUUUGGUAUUAACUUGAAGGAUGGUGAAAUACACAGAGCUUGGGUUUAUUACCAUGGCCAAAACCGUUUCUUGGACAUCCGGUUAGGUUCCGAUAGCUUUGAAUAUCCUUCAAAACCUGUGUUUUCCGGCCGACUUGAUAUAUCAGAUUUCUUGAAAGAGUACAUGUUCGUUGGAUUCUCGGCUUCUACAGGAAACUUUACUCAAAUUCAUAACGUCUUGUCAUGGAAUUUUACCUCAAGUAGUCAAGCUUCUCUUCGCGUACCCUCACCGGAAACCUGCGAAAGCAAAAUCACAGUCGACAAUGUUGUAGCUUUGGUGAGUUUGUACUACAACCGGAAGCGGAAGAGCGGGGAGUUGGCCAUGCUGCCGGCGGUGAAAGAACGCCCUCGCCCACCGAACAAACCACGGCGGUUUACUAUUGCGGAGGUUUCAUCGGCGACUCGGUGUUUCGACGAGUUACACAAGGUGGCGAGUGAUGAAAGAAGUGAUACAUAUAGGGGUACUUUAUUGAAUGGGUGCCACGUGGCAGUGAAGCGGUUUUCAGUGGAGUAUUUUAAGUCUCAUGGGAUUAACCGGCGGCGCGUGGGUAAAGAGAUAAAGGCAAUGAGCAAGUUACGUCACCCUAAUCUAGUGGCAAUUAGAGGGUGGUGCUUUGACCACCAAGAGACCAUGGUGGUGUAUGACUGUGUGCAAAAUGGGACCUUCGAUGAUUGGCUUUAUGGAAUCGGUAUCUUGCCAUGGAGCCGGCGACUCAAGGUGGUGCGUGACGUGGCACAAGCAUUGAGCUACCUCCAUUCACAAAAACUAGCUCACAAGAAUGUUAAUACAAAUAGUGUGUUUAUCGAUGUAAGUUUUCGAGCCUUGCUUGGCGAUUUCGGGUUCGUGAUGUCGGGUACAGAAUCUAGUCGGUUCGAGGAGACGGUGAGUUUGCCGACAGAUGUCUUUGCAUUUGGGGUGUUUAUGUUGGAGGUUGUGGCCGGUAGGAAGAGGUAUAUAUCUGAGUCUGACAUGUUACAGUCUGAAUCUAAAUAUGACAGAUUAGACUUGGACCUGUUGGAAUGGGCUUGGACCAUGCAUGAGAUGAAUGAGAAGGAAAAAGUGGUGGAUGUAAAGAUGAGUUCGGUGUUGAACAUGGAUCAGGCAAUUCGGGUUGUGGAUAUCGGGUUGUUGUGCACGUUGAAGGAGAGUAGGGGGCGGCCGAGCAUGGCGGAGGUGGUGGAGUAUGUUUGUUUUGAGACAGAGGUUCCUAAGUUGCCACCCAAUCGACCCAUGGCUUUGUUUCCUUAUACGAGUACAACUGGACUUUGUACUAAUUCUUACAUGUGUGCUUCUUUCAAGUAA